CGGUGCAUUCGUAAAUGUCUCCGUGUGUUUAUGACCACCUAAAACUGAAUCCUAUAGUUGAUUUGCCUCACCUGCCGCGUCCAUCACUUGUGCUACAAACGUUUAGCACAAGCCUGCGGCAACGAUAGACAAAAUGUGGAUUUAAAUCCCUGACGUACGUAAAAUAACGCGUGCUGACUUCAGUCCCGUGGACAGUUAAAAUGAUGCAUCCACCACUAUGGAGAGCCCUGUUGUUGAUGACCGCAUUCUACCAGCUUGGGAUGGCAGGCAAAUACGGCUGUUUAUUUGAGAAGAGGCUGUGCUCUAGGGAGCAGUUCUGCUCUGAUGACCGCAUAUUUGGACAGUGUCAGAGCUCCAGACAUGAUCAGGUUCAGUACCAAGUCUCUGUUCCUGUUCUUCAAAGACUACAGGAAGUGCUCAAACAGUUGAUGAUUCAGGGAUUCUCCUGGCAGGAUGACAUCACACAGCACAUCAUUGCUAAGGAGCUGAGCCGCAUUCCUCACACACGCACCCAAAAGACCCAGAAUGCACAGCCUUCACAGCCUGCAGUUAAGAAGGUCUAUUCCAGCUCUAACUCUGAGCCUGGUCCAGCACAGAGCUAUAUGGAUUACAUGAUUCUAGACCCCCGUCAGUCCUCAUCGCUUAGGAUGCAGGCCCUACCUAUGGACCCCUACUCAUACCUGCAGGAAGACAUGACCCAUUCUCUCCAUCCUCACACCAGUGUGGGAUACCAGCAACCCUCCUCUCGAACUGGACCCCAGCAGAGAGAUAGAAACCGUCAGCUCCUGGAAGAUGCUGUCUCUCUCUACCUUGCCUCUGCACAGCCUUCUUUUCGCCAGAGGGGGGCAGCAGCACUCCCUGCCGCCCCAUACUAUGAAGAUCUAGACUUUCCAUUGGACUAUGGAGAGGACUACACCCUACAGGGGCAACCCCAGCGCACAAACAAGAAAGUCCCUCAGGACUACAGCUCUCUUGCUGAACUUGAUGAGGACACACUGGCGCAGCUGGCCACUCUUUUAGAAGGUUUUGGGAUAAACCCACGAGACCUGAGCCCUCAGCAGAUAAAAAGACUCACUCUACUGUUACAGCUGUUACAAAACAUGGAGAAAACAGAUCAAUCCCCAGGAACAGUCACAGUAAAAGAGACAAUUGUAGAAGGCAGUGAUGAAGUGACACAAAAAGGAGCCAAAUCCCCCUCACCUGUUUCAGCUCUGCCCUCUACCCCAACAUACCAGCUGACCCCUACUGACCCUCCUUCCACACCAGCCCCUGCAACUGUGCCUAAGGAAGACCGUAAGAGCACUAUGGUCCCCACCCUGUCAGCAAAAGACUUGGAUCUGAAAGAGAAAACAGCCAAUAUCCUGACAACCGCUAAGGAUGGGACAAAUACCAGAGAAGUGUAUGGCUAUAUUGUCACUAAUCAGAGUCCUUUAAGUCUGUAUGAUGGGGUGAAACUCUUAGAGACCCUGGCAGAAAGAAUUCAUCUCUCUACAAGCAGUUUCAUCAACAUUAGUGUGGUGGGUCCUGCCCUGACGUUCAGGAUCAGACAGAACUCUCUGAAUCUCAGCGCAGAGGAUGUGGCCAAUAAAGCUGUAGCUGAGAAGAAUUUCCUCGAGGGUGAGACAGGUUUUAAAAUUGUCCAGACUGGAGUGGGAGAGAGGAGCGAGGGGCGGGGGUUGCCCCAGGCCACACGGGUAGGGGAGGGUUCACGUGGGGUCGUCCUGACAAUGGUCGCCAUGGCAUGUGUGGGCACGGGGUUGUUGGUUGCCUUGGGAAUUGCCUGUCUUCGCCACCACACCCGUCAGUUAGCCUCAGGCAAACUGGGUCUGGGACCAGAGGCUGGCACGGAAACCCACUUUGACUACCAGGAGCUAUGUCGCCAGCACAUGGCAGCCAAGACAUCGUUCACCCGUCCGGAGCCAGGUGGUCGGCGGGGGACCAAUACGUCUCGAGUCAGCAGUGUGUCGUCUCAUUGCAGCGACGGACCGCAGCACAGCCCCAGCUCUCACAGCAGCACACCAUCCUGGAGUGAAGAGCCUGCACAGUCCAACAUGGACAUCUCCACUGGACACAUGAUACUGGCAUAUAUGGAGGACCAUCUGAAGAAUAAGGACCGUUUGCAGAAAGAGUGGAAGGCUUUGUGUUCGUACCAGGCUGAGCCGAGCUCCGUCUCUAUUGCCCAGAAUGAAAGCAACAUGGAGAAGAACCGCUGUCCUGACUUUGUGCCCUAUGACCAUUCACGAGUAAAACUAAAGGCAGAGACCAACCCCUCCAAAGAAGACUACAUAAAUGCCAGCACUAUUAUUGAUCAUGAUCCACGUUUGCCUGCUUAUAUUGCCACUCAAGGACCUUUGCCACACACUAUUGCUGAUUUCUGGCAGAUGGUAUGGGAGAGUGGGUGUACUGUAAUAGUGAUGAUGACAGCUCUAGUGGAAGACGGAGAGAAACAGUGUGAACGUUACUGGCCCGAUGAAGGAUCGUCUCUGUACAACAUCUAUGAGGUGAAUCUUGUGUCUGAACACAUCUGGUGUAAAGACUUCUUGGUUCGUAGUUUCUACCUGAAGAACGUUCAGACUCAAGAGACGCGCACUCUGACCCAAUUUCACUUGCUGAGCUGGCCCGCACAAGGCAUUCCGUCCUCCACGCGCCCCCUGCUGGACUUCCGCAGGAAAGUAAACAAGUGCUACAGAGGACGCUCCUGCCCAAUCAUUGUGCACUGCAGUGAUGGUACUGGCAGAACUGGCACCUACAUUCUUAUUGACAUGGUACUUAACCGCAUGGCGAAAGGCGUGAAGGAGAUUGAUAUCGCCGCAACACUGGAGCAUAUUCGUGAUCAAAGACCAAGUAUGGUACGCACUAAGGACCAGUUUGAGUUUGCCCUAACAGCUGUGGCAGAAGAGGUGAAUGCCAUUCUGAAAGCCCUUCCUCAGUGAGCCACACCCCACUGUGUCCCUAUUACACAAUUUCUGCUCACACAUUUCUCUUUUCGUGCACCUCAUUCACUUUGAGUCAGAAACGUAAACUUUACUCCCUUUGUAAAAGACAAUGAAAGAUUUCUGUAUUCUGAAAAUAUUUUACAGGGGCCAAAUUCUUCAGUCCAUACUGUUUCAGGGAGAACAGUGGCUUUAUGAGACAUCAUAAUUUUACACACACUGCAGUCAUUUUAAGUGACCUAAUUCCUGAUGAUUGUCAAUAUAAUGUUGUCUUUUUAUAUAAAUAUAUAUGUUUGAUGUUUAAAAUGCAGUGUCUACAUUUACAUUAAUGUUCUUCAAAUGCUUUCUCUACCUUGAAAUGACCAAAAAUGCAAUCCAUGUAUCAAAUAUUCAAAAAAGGCAAACAUGUGCUCAUAUACGCACAGUCACGUCUGAAAACGAGUGGUUUGUUUGUUUUGGUGGAAUGUAUAACCUGAAAGGCACCUGUGAAGUCAUACAGUUCCUGUAAAACAUUGAGUGCAUUCAUGUCUAGUGCAGCCUUGACAUCAUGUCAUCACUGUAAAUAAUUCACAAAGAGGUAUGUUUGUCUGUUCCUGUAGCAAAUGUUCCGAAAAUCAUCACAAAAAGAGAGACUUAUAUGACUAUAAUUUUUAAAUGGUUGCAAAUUAAAUGUGAAUCUGUGGAGCAGCGCUGGUUGAUGUGUGACUUUUCAUACUGUUCUCUCGCUUUCAUAAUGACUAUGCAGACUGCGCCUAUUUAUUAACAAUAAUAAUCAUGGUAAACACAGCACUGUUAAAGGUGAAGUGUGUAAUUUUUUGGUGUAAAAUAUGCAGAGAAAAUACAGAUAAGCCAGGCUCAAGCAAUGAGCGGAGAGCUCAAGCAGUGAGAGUUUGGGGAAGGACUAUUUGUUUGUAUUUGCUCAACCAAUGGAAGACGGAGAGUGUUUGAGAAACCUGUUUGAAAACACUCAUUAUUUUUGCAAUUCUGUUUUGUGCCUCUAGUGGCUAAAAAAAAUACACACUACACCUUUAAAAUAUCUUGGUAGUAUGUUUGUUUGCUUUCACUGCAAAAAUCUUUUUUUUUUAUUAGUAUGUUUGUCUUGUUUUCCAGUAAAAAUAUCAAUAUAUUCUUAAAACAGGAUAUAUUUACUUGACAAGCAAAAUUACAUGUUUUCAGAGAAAUCUGACAAAAUUUAGGAAACUUUGUUUAAAAAAAAAAAAAAAAUCUGCCAAUGGGAAAAGAAAAAUAAACUUGUUUCUCUUUUUUUGGCAAAUAGUUUUUCUUCUUUUACAGCUACACUAUGUAACUUUUGGCCCUCUAGCAGAUAAAAAAUAAAACUGCAUGUGUCUUGUGGAAGGACAUUGUUUUGGUUGUGCUUUGGCUCUGUGGUUUGAGGCACCGGUGUACACAUGGAUACAGGACAUCUUAUCAGAGCGAAUGGACAAAUAAAUAAUGAAAGAAAGGA